UUUUUUUUGGUUAAAAAAUAUUUUAUUAUUGUCAUGCAUAGACAAAAUUCUAAUUUUUAUACAGUGAGUAAAUUCUAAUUUUUUAUACAGUGCGUAAUAAGUUUACAAUCAAAACUUAAACAAAAAUAAUUAUUUUCCACUACCUACCAAUAUAAAAUAUGCCCUUGUUGCGGGUGUAACUCAAGUGAACUUAGUGUGACAAGAAAAAAAAAAAAAAUACCUCAACAAAAAUAAUAAUGAUAUAGGCAUAGUAGACAACAACACGAUUUCGCGGAAAAAAAAAUAAAACAAAUUUUAAUUUAAAAAAAAUUUUAAGCAAUAUCUUCAAAUUAAAAAAAAAUUAGUUGAAACAGAUUUUGAAUGUUUGUUUUAUUUUUGUUGUAUACAUUUUGGGCAGUGCAAUUAAGGUAAGAACCUGGAUCAAUGGUUCUUAAUGUUAAUAUCUGUAUUUGGCAGUAUGAUGUUGCAAAAAACACAUCCUCAUUUUCAAUUAAAUUCUAUCGACUCGAAAUGGAAUACAAAUUGUGCUAGUGUCGGAAUUAAUAACGGGAACAAUUUUUUUUCAUCGAAAACACAGAAAGUAACUACAUCGGACGUUGUGUUAGAAAGGAAAGAAUGUAAAACUAUAUUGCAAGAUGUAGGUAAAAAGAAACGCAGCCUUAAUACUUGAAAGUGGAAUAAAUGAGGCAUAAGAAGAAAGUAUUCUGGUUUAAAGGAAAUUUAAGAAUGUUAAGUCCUUUGACAAUAAUGUCAUUUUACUGUGAAACCUAUUUUUUAUUUUAAAGGAUUAUGUCAAACUCCGGAAGUUUACGAAUUUUCAAUUAACCGGGGAAUACACAAACUUGGGAAUCAAAAAAUGCAUUAAAAACGGCAGUCAUAUGUGUGUACAAAGGAAAAAGAAGCAAGCUGAAAACUUGGCUAGGCCGCAAGUAAGAACCGCCGGCGAAUUCUGCUUCUUGCUGCGAAGGAGAAAUUCGCCAAAAGGCACUGGUAGUAACAUUUUAAUAAAAAGUACUUAUAACACACAUCAAAAAAGAAUGCUGCAACAACCCUAUUAUUUAAAAAUUUCUGUGAGCAUGUGAUACAAAAAAUUAUAUGUAUACGCUAUUACUUCAGUUGAUAAACUUGUGGGCGAUAAAGUAUAUAAUGAGAAAGCAUUUAUGUACGUCGUAUCGUACCCAACUGCCACAUUUAAAACUGAUAUACACACAUAUUCUGGAAAUAUGCACACAUUGGAAGUAAAGUCAACGAACAAAUGUUGCUGAACUCUUCUAACAUCCGAAAAGGGAAGAGAGGGUAUACACUCAUUUGGACUUAGCUGUUUAACCAACCACCAAUACGUUUCUUCUUUUAUUUUUCUUCCUGUGUUUAUUUUGUAUUUAAUUCUACUUUUUGGAUAAGAUUCGUUAUAAAAAAAAAGCAACAAAAAAAAAAAAAAACCAACAACAACAACACCAACAAAAACAGUAUAAGAAGAAUAUAUUCGAAACAGCACGCAUAUAGUAAGUGAAUAUAAAGAAAGAGAAGGAGACACAACCAUACUAUCCCCACUCCCUAAUCAGAAAGUGGUGGUUAGGCCAAUAAAGAGGGUUUCAUCUUAUGAUGUCAUCAGAGGAGGACACAGAGUGCUUUGGGUUGUAUGAUAAGUUACUUAUUAACACAAAUAGUUCUGAAAAAAAUAUCGUCGGCUCUGGUUUAAACUCUUUGAUAAUAAGCAACAGCAAUAGUAAUAGCAGUAGUAUCAUAAGUAAUAGUAGUACUAGUAUCAAAAAUAAAAAGUGCAAUCGACAACGCGGGUGCGGUGAGUCAGGGAAUAGUAAUUACUCGUCAAUACCCAAUUUCAGUUUCCGUCCGUCUUCAUUCAUGAGCAGUGCAUCCGCGGCAGCAGCUGGUCUGUAUGGCACAUUAUUAAAUCAAACGCAAUCGGCUCACUUCGUUGGUGGUUUGUUCGGUCCAAACGGUUUCGGUUCAGCAAAAAUGUUAAAUGAAAUAUUGGGCCGACAAAUGAAACAAGCACAAGAUGCUACUAGUGGUUUACCAACAUCUUUAGUUGAUAAUGCAAUGUUAACGGCUGCAAUGGAAUCAGCAACAAGUGCAGACUUAUUAAGUGCUAGCGUAAAUUCGAGCUUUAAUUCUUCAAAGCUAUUAAGUAAUAACUGCAUGACACAUAGUGCUAUUGGGAAUAACGCGGGUGCUCGUAGUGGUGGUGGUGGUAGUGGUGGAAGUGUUGUAAAUAACAACAAAAGUGACCCUAUUUCUUCUUCGAAUUCAACGCCUGUAGAUACAGGGGAAAAUAUUAUAAAUAAUCAAAAAGAAGUUUGUGAACGUUUGAAUGAAAGUGAAUCUGUAUCUCCAAAGCAACAACAGCAACAACAACCAGCAGUGACAACUCAACAACAGAAUAAGCAACAACAAAAUAAUUUAGCUCACCAUAUGCUUCGGAAUAUUUUACAAGGCAAAAAUGAUUUGAUUGCACUUGAUCAAGAACUGCGAUCGGUUAUAAAUCAACAUAGUAAAAAUGAAAAUAUGAAACAAAAUAAAACUAGUGGUAGUGGUGGGUGCAGUGAUGAUGCUAUUUCUCAAGAUAAUAAUUUCAUCAGUAAAAGUAGUAAGAAUAAUACAAGUGCAACAAAUAAUAAUAACAACAAUAAUGGUAGUACUAACAGAAAUUUAGGCAAUACUUGUGGUGGUGAAAAUCAUUCAACUGGAGGAGUUUCAGGAGUGAGUAAUAACAGUGCGCACUCUUCCAGUAAUAAAGCGAUAAGUAAUUUAAUAGGUAGUGUUGGCGAGCUUAUGAACACUUUGGGAAGCUGUUCUGAUGUUAAAAUUAAAUCCGAACCUAACAUGCCAACAACAGCUGCAGGCAUUGGAGAUAACAAUAAUUGUAAUUUAAAUAUAGAAACCAAUAAUAACAAUAAUAACGAAAGUGGUGGUCGUGUUAGUAGAAAUACAAUAAGGCAAGCAAAAACUUCAGAAAAUUUAGAUACAGAUGAAAAUAUUGCCGUUUCCGAUGAAAUGAAAGAACUAAAUUUUUUCGAAAUGGAUAAAUCCCAUUUAAUGAGUGAUAUUGAGACUAAAAAAGAAACUGAAGAUUUGUUUGAAGAUGAAUUGAUGGUGUUGAGUUCGAGGUCGGAUCUAGAAUCGAUUGGGUCACCAAGUAACUCGGAUAUAAAUGACAUGAUGCUAGACAGUGCAAAAGAAGACCAAGGUGAAGAACUUGGUAAGGAUACUGAUUCAUUAUCAAAUAAACCAAGUAGAAAAUUGAAGCCCAUUGUUUUGGAUAUGAAACGAGCGCGGGUUGAAAAUAUUGUUUCUUCAAUACAAUCUAGUCCGUCCUCUCAUCAUCAAAUGCAUCUUCAAGUAAAUGGAUGUAAGAAACGAAAGCUUUACCAACCACAGCAGCACGCAAUGGAACGAUAUGCGGCCGCUGCUGCGGGACUCAACUUUGGAUUAAAUAUGCAAAGUUUGAUUCUUGAAGAAGAUGAAGAGGAAGAUACCGAAUCACCACAAAUUCAACAAAAACGUGUACAAAAAAAUGCAUUAAAAUCACAAUUAAGAACAAUGCAAGAACAACUAGCUGAAAUGCAGCAAAAAUAUGUGCAAUUAUGCUCACGAAUGGAACAGGAGUCUGAGUGUCAAGAAGUCGAUGACACAGCUAGCGACAGUGUGGAUAACGAUUGUGCGAUAUCACCAGCGUUAUCGCUAACGAAUUCAACACACAAUACGUCAAUUCAAAGACCAUUAUCGAUUUCGCCGUCUUUAUAUUCGCCGAAAACUAAAAGACAUGCGUCGACGAUAAAACCAUCGAUUGCUAACACUCCUCCUAUGCUAGCCCAAAUUAUGAGCAAGAUGAUUACUGCGAAGACACAUUGUCCAAUAGUAGAACAAUCGCAUCUGCAGCAGGCAUUUAAUCAAAAAAGUUCCCUGUUACAAAAAAUACCUAAUAUUCCGGAUGAUCCAGCUCAUGUACCGCAACCUCCUAUAAGUAAUGCAGCAGCGAUGUACUUAGGUCAGCAUUUCUUGCUGGAGCAUGAAGUUCGGAUAGCUAAAGAAACUGUUGAAAGGCAACAGCAAAAACAACUUCAACAACAGCACCAAAAAGAACAACAACAAAAGCAGAGAACUGAAAAUCAAAGAAAAUUUGAGCAGGAACAAAAGGAAGCAUUACAAACACAAAAAGACCAACAGCAGCAGCAACAACAACAGCAGCAGCAACAACAACAACAGCAUCAACAGCAGCAACAACAACAGCAGCAACAACAACAGCAGCAACAACAACAACAACAGCACCAUCAAAGGCAGCUUAAUCAGCAGCGAGAAGCUCAGCAGCAUCGGCAUCAGCAUCAGCAUCAGCCAGUCGAUGUUAGACUUUUCGAAUCACAAGCUGCUUCAAUUGGGAAUCAUUUAUUGGCUUCCCAUUCGCACCAACGAACGCAGCAACCUCAACAAAUGCAUACGAACACAUCAACUCAAUCUUCAAUAAAAUCUGAAAUAUCUGAAAAAUUUAACAUGCUUCGAUCACAUUCCUCUUCGACGGUGCGAAUGUCCGGCUCUGAUCUAGAAGGACUAGCUGAUGUUCUAAAGUCUGAAAUAACUACAUCCUUAUCUGCGUUGGUAGAUACAAUUGUAACAAGGUUCGUCCAUCAACGCCGACUAUUCAACAAACAAUCACAAUCUGUUGCAGCAGCUGCUGAUCAAUUGAACAAAGAUCUUAUGAUGGCUUCACAAAUCCUAGACAGAAAAUCUCCCCGUACAAAAGAAGCAGAUCAAUUGUUUUCUAGUUCUAUGCCCACUGUAUCAGCAUCUGUAGUAAAUACGUCAAGCAGUAAUAUGAUCAGCACUCAAUCAGGUAAUAGUUUAAUUCUUAAUUCAAGUAAAAAAAAAUCAAUUCCAACAAAUAGUAGUCUUUGCAAUAUUAGUUCUACAAUCAGUAGUCAUCCGUCUAACUCAGUUCUCACAAAUCAUUUUACAAAUGCGAGUGGGAGCAAUAAUUGUAGUAUUCAUAUUGCUGAACCAAGAACGAAUAGUAGUAACUUGGCAUUCGCAUCACCAUCAGGAAUGGGAAUGCAAGUGCAGCAUGCUACUGGCAUGAAUUGCAAUCAAUCAGAUAAAAGUAGUAGUAAUAAUAACUUCCAACCACCUCAUUUAAGAUCUUCACCCUCAGCGGGUAUAUUUCAGGCACCAAAAGCACCUCAAAGUAUGAGUUCUGUUGCAGCAGUCUCACUCUACAAUUCGAUUGGGAUAGUAGGAAGUGGCAGUGGACCGCUAACAACAACAAUGAAUCCUUACUGCAUAUCUGAACCCAGGGAACAAAAUGUGGAACAAAAUGAAGCACUAAGCCUAGUUGUAACCCCCAAGAAAAAACGUCACAAAGUCACUGAUACUCGGAUUACUCCACGAACUGUAAGUCGAAUACUAGCACAAGAUGGUGUUCUCGGUCCUAACACUGGUCCACACAACUUAACAUCAGAUUCAAAUCACGUACAAAAUGCAAGCUCUCAACAAAAUACCUACAUGAAUCAAACGCCACCUGUUAGUAACAGUAAUAUAAGUGUAGCACUGACAAGUACGACGCCAUCGAAAAGUUCAUCACCGCGUGCAAACCCAUACCACCCGCCAGCGCCACCAAUGAUGUCAGUAUCCCUACCCACAUCCGUAGCAAUACCAAAUCCUUCGUUGCAUGAGUCUCAAGUAUUUUCACCAUAUAGUCCGUUUUUUAAUCCACAUCACGGACCACAUGGAAAUUCACAUCUACCACCUGCCGCUGCACAAAUGCAACAUAUUAAAAUGUCAUCGAGCCCACCUGGUCUUGGUGGUAUAUUAGAAAACAGGGAUUCGCCACCAUUACCACAUCCACAAACAAUACUGCAUCCUGCUCUGUUAGCGGCAGCACAUCAUGGGAACUCACCUGAUUAUAGUGCGCAUUUGCGAGCGGCAAUGGAGAACCAAGAUCGUAAUUCAGAGUGCAACUCGGCAGAUAUGCAAUUUGACGGAAUUCAACCAACGAUAUCCUUUUUGAAACAACAAAUAAUCAAAUCGGAUUCUUUAACUCCACUGCACUCAUCGACAUUAACACCAAUGCACCUGCGAAAGGCGAAACUUAUGUUCUUUUGGGUGCGCUAUCCUAGUUCAGCAGUUCUAAAAAUGUACUUCCCAGACAUCAAAUUUAACAAAAACAACACAGCACAAUUGGUCAAAUGGUUUUCAAAUUUUCGAGAAUUUUACUAUAUACAAAUGGAGAAGUAUGCUCGACAAGCCGUAACAGAAGGAAUUAAAAAUUGUGAAGAUCUUCAUGUUGGUGGCGACAGCGAGCUUUACCGAGUUUUGAACCUGCAUUACAAUCGCAAUAAUCACAUAGAGGUUCCUUCGAACUUUCGUUUUGUUGUUGAACAAACUUUGCGUGAAUUUUUUAGAGCUAUUCAAGGUGGCAAGGACACUGAACAAUCGUGGAAAAAAUCAAUAUACAAAAUUAUAUCUCGAAUGGAUGAUCCUGUACCAGAGUAUUUCAAAUCACCAAAUUUUCUGGAGCAAUUGGAAUAAGUUUUUUUUAAUUUAUUUUUUUGAGUUUAAUUUUUGAUUACAAUCAUUAACAUAGGCAUUAUUUAGAUAUGAUAUAUGUUGUGGUUAGUCCACACUCAUAGUCAAUAUGUGUGUGUAGAUAUACGAAUUUGUUAAACUGAAAACAAAAAAUUCAGACUGAAAAGAAAAAAAAUAAAUCAACAACGUGUGUGGUUCCUAUAAAAUUGUAGUGUGCUUACGUCCAAAAACUUAAAAAAAAAAAUUAAAAAAAAAAAACAAAGAAA